AUGGAGCGGAAAUGCGAGAGGGACCCCCGGUUCGGCGGGCUCUACCGCCAGUUCAUGCGGGAAUACGAGGAGCUGAAACACAUGGAGUUAGCUUCCGGUUCUCCAGACUACAAAAUCAUGCCCGAGUGCUACCUACCUCACCAUGGUGUGCUCCGAGAAUCGAGCACCUCCACCAAGCUCAGGGUGGUAUUCAACGGGUCGCAGCUGACGACGUCCGGCGAGUCGCUGAACCAAUACCUCCUCGUGGGCGCCAACCUGCUGCCCGCUCUAGCCGAUGUCCUGAUGCGCUGGCGGUGGCACCGCUACGCCUUCGUUACGGACAUCGAAAAGAUGUACCGGCAGAUCCUCAUCCACCCGGACGACAGGAAAUACCAGUGCAUACUCUGGCGUUGCACCCUCCGCGCUCUCGUGUGCGUGUUCUGGCUCCUGACGGUGACGUACGGUCUCGCGUGCGCGCCCUUCUUGGCCAUCCGAACGCUGAAACAGCUGGCCCACGACGAACAAUCGCGAUAUCCGCAGGGAGCGAUCACAUUGCGCGAGGACACUUACGUGGACGACGUGGUCUCGGGCGCGAACACUUUGUCACUCGCAAUCGCGAAACAAACCGAGCUCCGCGGGCUGUGCACGGCGGGCGGGUUCCCGCUUCGAAAGUGGGCCGCAAACGACGAGGAGGUGUUGUCGGGAAUUCCUCCCGAGCACCGACUUCGCCACGAACCGCACUCGUGGGAAAGCGAAAGUUUUUCCACUCUCGGACUGUUGUGGCACCCGACCGAAGACACAUUCGCGUUCGCGAUUCAUCCGCGCACUGUCACAUCAUUCACAAAAAGAAGCGUUCUCUCGGAAACCGCACGUCUCUUCGAUCCUCUGGGAUGGCUGGCUUCCGUUGUGAUUCGCGCGAAAAUUCUGAUUCAGUCCGCGUGGUUACAGCGACUGGAUUGGGACGAUCCACUUCCCUCCGCCGACGCGGACUGCUGGAGGCUUUUCCUCGAGGAACUGCCUCUCCUAUCUCAACUGCGCGUGAACCGCUGGCUUGGCAGCGGAGACGAGAGCGCGCUGGUUGAGCUGCACGGCUUUGCCGACGCGUCCGAGCGAGGAUACGCCGCGGCCGUGUAUCUCCGCAUCACUCGAGGCGGCUCCGUGGCACUUCACUUGUUAGCCGCGAAAAACAAGGUGGCACCGGUCAAGCUGGUGACACUACCGCGCCUCGAACUCACUGCCGCCGCCUUGCUCACUUCUCUCGCGUGUCACACUCGAUCAACGUUACGUUUGUUCGCAGCACCCAUUUUUCUCUGGUCAGAUUCAAAGGUGACACUGCACUGGAUCCGGGGACACGCCUCCCGCUGGAAGACUUACGUGGCGAACCGCGUGGCCCACAUCCAGCAGAAGCUGCCUGUUUGGGCUGUUGAUUUAAGAUUUGAAUUCUAUUAUGAUGGCGCUGCCGCGCAAAGGAUAUAG